AUGCCUUCAGAGAAUUUUGAUUCUCCUCCCCUGCCUGACGCCUCCCCUGCACCGGCCACUCGCGGUCGCGGCAGGGGACGUGGGCGCGGUCGAGGGCGUGGCAAUGGCAGGGGCGCUUCCCACAACGCUGCCGCGUCCAAGUACACUUCAAAUCGAGGUGGUCGAGGAGGUGCUCGUCGCGGAAGGGCAAAGACCUUUUCGGAGCCUCGUGUGCAAGUGUCUUAUGAACGCACGCGCGACCUCAAAACGACGUACAACACAGUGGCAUCGGUCUUAAAGCCCAUCUUGCAGGAACUUGCAGAGCGCGGCAUUGAUCUUCUCACAAGCAAUCCCAAUGCUUACAAGAAUUUCCCCGAGUACAACGAAGUGAUGCAAGGCCUGCGAGAACGCCUGACCUUUCGCAACCGUUGCACUGAGAAGCGUCUUGAGUGGGAUCUCAAGCUGGCCAAGCAGACGCGAGAGGCGGAAGAAAAGGUCAUUUACCAACAGUUUGAGAAGCAAUCUGGAGACUUGCUUGAACAAUACUUCGACGGCCAGGCGAACCGCCUCCGUAUCCUGAGAGCACUUCACGCCAGAGAUCUCCCAGUUGACAUCCGCGACGACCAGUAUGAGUAUAAAGCCAUCACAGAUGAGUAUCUCGAUGAGGAAUUCGGCCCAUGGGAAGAAUAUCUCGAUGAUCGCCUCGUACCUUACCCAGCCGGCGUUGUAGGCACAAAGUCUUGGCAACGCUCGCAGGAGCAGAAGAACGUCCAGGCUGCCCCAGCCCCAUCCCACGCCUCUCUACUGGCUACGAACAAUGUCACCUCCGCGCCUACCUCUGCGCCUACGCCUCCUCCGGGCGCAAGGGGUCGGGGCCGAGGCCGUGGUGCUGGCGCUGGUGUUGCUGCUGGUACCAAGCGCAAGCCGCAAGGCGAGCCAGACGGCCAACCAACACCCAAACGGUCGACCAGGAACACCAGUGACGACUUGCAAACCUCGCAAGCACAUAUCCCCGCCAAGGGGUUGCUAGCUUCCGCUGCCUCUGUUGACAUUGACCCGGAAGGGACUCCAAUGGAGGAGGAUUCGCCACGCGCAACACCCGAGCCAGGCAGUUUCUUCCCUAACCCUCAGGCCAAAAACACCGACAGGCUACCGGCUCGCGCGAGGAGCCCAACAUUACCCAAAGCGACUGGCGAGCCAGACGAAUAUGGCAUCAGAGCAUACAACCAAAAGGCAUCCUAUAGAGACAAGAUCCUUAACAGUCGAAUCUUCGUGCCCCGGCCGUUUGAGUUCGAGGAUCACGAGAUUGGCUUCCGUGACAGUUCGAAUGACUCAACCAAGGGCCACACUGUCGCAAAGCGUGGCAAAUAUCUGAACACGCCCAACAGCAACGGUUUACACAUUGACUUUUGGUGCAACGGCUACGAUUACUCGCAGUUGACCCCGGCGGAUUUCGACCAGGACCUGGUCAAGAAGUAUGGGGUGCACCCACUCUACGGCAUCCCACUCCCGCAAAAGGGCAAUGAGGACAAGAAACUGCCUCGCAACGAGCAAGAACCUCAAAAGCCAUAUGUCAUGCCCGGGAAACCAAUUGUCUUCCUGGCCACCCCCUCGGGUAGGGAAUCCCACGCUUCGCGGGCGUAUCAGUCGACAGUCAACACGCGGCGCAUCCAAGACGGUCCAUGGCGCCAGAAAAUAGCCGUCAGCUUGCGCCGUUUCUGCAGUUUGGAGGAGAUCGGCGAGGAGAUCUCUGUCGCAGAGUACCUGCCCACGGACGCCGAGUACAAGAAACGCUCGUUGGGCACCGUCCAGCGUGACCUCUCGGCUCGACCUACCCCUGCUGACCUUCGCCAACUCAAGGACGAGGUGGAAGACGAGCAGAAGGCCAGCGUGCUUGGUGAGGGUUUUGUCCAGGAGCGACCAGAUCUAAGCAUCUUCAUCGAUGCUGCCAGCCACAUUGCGGCCGACGAAGAGCAGAGAGCCGCCGCUGCGAGACAGCCGGCCAAGGCCAGAAAAUACGACGCCAUCCGCAACAUCUUCGUAUCUGGCAAGGCAGAGGAGAGCUCGGCAGCACCCCCGACGCCCAGUUCCUCUAGUAGUCAUGACAACGUCCGGUUGAGCGACACGGCACAGAUCAUGCUAGAGAUGGCAGGUCUGGCGAGCCAGAAGCCUGCGACGUCCUCGAGCAUGGGUCCUCCUGCAGAUCGUACAGCUGCAACUCCGGCCUCGAACUCGACCUCGAUGGCUCCUGGGCGUACGCCUGUUAUGGAUAGCCAGAAGCCUGCGGCCCCUGAGCGUGGAGCAAGCUACUUGCAGCCCUCCAACAUUCGGAGCUACGCAGAGCCACCCCAGAGUAAACCGCCUGCGCCUGCUGAGCGCGAGUCCAUCUUCCUGCCGUACGCCUCGAGUCGCAACUAUAUGGACUCGAGAACAAGUUCAGAGUCGCGAAAGCCUACGGAGCAGAGCCCUGUGCAGCCGCGGUAUCACACUCCACGGCUACACUCGGAGCAACCUGCUUCUAACUCACCAUUCACGCAACCUCCCCGCCAGGCUCAUCAACGCUCUCCCUACCAAAGCGAGCUACAGGACUAUCCCCCGCGGGGCUCAUACGAACGCUCCCAGCCCUACUCUGCGCAGGCCAAUGCAGAACCACUGCCACCAUUGAGGCCGCCCCGCGGUCGCAAUCAGUCUGCGGGCGAGGAGAGCCUGAUGGAGGGCUCACUACGGCCAUCGCCCCAAAGCAUCUUUAGCAGCUUCAGCAGCUACGGGCAGCCAGAACGGCAUCGGUCGGUGGCAAGCGGCUACGGCGCGCCAGCUCAUGACUCUCACCACGCGUACCCAGCGAGGCCAACUGAGCGUACAAUUUCAGGGCAGCCACCCCUGUCGAGCAUGAUGGGCUCCCCUUCCCAGGGUUAUGCACGCCCGAGCGGCUCGCCGGUCUUCAGCAGCGACAUCCCGAUGAACGGGUCACAGAUGGGUCACAAUCCGCACGAGCAAUCCUCGAGAGACGGUAUCUUCCGUCAUCGAUCCACGUCGUCGGGAGGACCGCCCCCCAAUUUUGGUGGCAACCCGACGCUCGAUCCGAAAUAUCGCAAGCUGCAGCCCGCGCCGUUGCCCCCGCACCGUAGCUGGCCCAGCAAGCCGGAGCUCAAGACGAUACCAUACGACCACAAGGAUUCGUCCGGUGGCUCGGCUCCCGCCCUGCCUAGCUCGGGCCCCACGCAAAUCCGGGGUUGGAACGUCAACCAGCACCGUCGCCGGGCGCGGGGGGACACCAAGGGGGAUCCCAAGGAUGCAGGCAUGCCCGAGAGGGAAGACUCCCGCUAG